AUGCCUCCUCCGGCAUCCAAGGGACCUCCAGUAACAUGGAUGUCCCUCCCGAACAAACCUCAGCUCUUCAUCCUCGCCCUCUGCCGGCUCUCCGAGCCUCUCUCCAACACCUGUCUCCUCCCAUACCUCUACUACCUUGUACGGUCAUUGCAAACCGGUGACACGACCAGCCAAGCUUCAAUCUCAAGACAGGCGGGGCUGCUCGUCUCUCUGUUCGCCCUCUCACAGUUCGCCACCUCGGUGCCAUGGGCGAGCUUUGCGAAUCACUAUGGCAGAAAGCCUACGAUAAUCAUUGGUCUCGUCCUAUCGAUCGUGUCAAACAUUGGAUUUGGAUUCUCGACGACAAUACCAGCGGUGAUAUCAUGGAGGGUCCUGGCAGGCAUUGGGAAUGGGAACAUUGGGGUUAUGCGGACGAUAACGGCUGAGAUUGUAGUGGAAAGGAAGUACCAGAGUCGAGCAUUCCUGUUACUACCGCUGGUAUUUAAUUCUGGGGUGGUCAUUGGCCUGGCAUUGGGAGGGUGUCUGGCUGAUCCUAUCGUUAAUCUACCUUCCCUUUUCGGUCCAGCAGGAAUCUUCAAUUUCGCAGAUGAUCCCCACGGUGUGGCCUGGAUGCAAACAUUUCCGUUCGCGCUCCCUACGAUUUGUAAUGCUACGGCAUUGUUGUGCAGUUUGUUCCUAGCUGUGUUUGGACUGAAGGAAACGAUGCCCGGUUUGGAGGACAGGAAGGAUUAUGGGAUUGAUGCCGGAGCAGCUAUGAGACGAGGACUGAAGCGUGUCUUUGGAGGAAGAUCUGCUGGAUAUACAAUUGUAGAUGAAGAGGAAAAUGACGACGAUUUGAUGGAUUUGCAAUCCCCAAGAACCGAAGCCCCGAUGGAGAUUAGAAGCGCCUCACGACCAAAACCCAAACUUUCAAUCACGUCUCGAGCUAUCUGGACUCGAGAAGUUGCUGUCACUAUUGUAUCUUUCGGGCUUCUUCCUCUCCACAAUUCGGCGUUCAUGCAAGUCUUUCCUGUCUUCCUCUCAACACCUCCCUCCGAGCUUCCUGCCACCUCGGCCAUCAAAUUCAACGGUGGUCUCGGCCUCUCAUCUCCAACGAUAGGGUUAUUCCUCUCCGCAUUCGGUAUCUUUGGCAUCCUGAUCCAGCUAUGCAUCUACCCAUCGCUUCAAGCCUGGCUAGGGACCCUGCGCAGCUACCGCGUUGCACUAGCUAUUUUCCCCUUGGCUUACCUACUCGCUCCAUACUUGUGCCUGAUCCCUAGCUCGCGUUAUGUCCUGCAGUCUAUCAGCAUUGCCUUUAUUCUUUUCCUUCAAGUCACAGCCCGCACGUUCGGUAUACCGAGCAGCGUCAUUCUUCUCACUAAUUCGGCGCCUUCACCACUAGCGCUAGGUGCUAUCCACGGCGUAGGAAACAUGCUCAGUAGCCUGAGUCGUGCAUUGGGGCCAGCAAUUGGUGGCGUGAUAUUCGGAUGGGGUAUGGAUAGAGGCGUAGUGGGAAUCGUAUGGUGGAGUUAUCUACUUGUUGUCUCUGUGUGCGGUUUAGCCUGGAGUUGGAUGUUAAAAGAAGGGGAGAGACCGACAGAGAAGGGGAAAGAGGCGGAAUGUAUCGAAUUAACGCUAAAUGAUACAAGCGACAAGGAGAAGGAGGUUUUACCGUGA